AUGGAUGUUGAGAGGCAACUUUGCCUACUCCGACCUCCGGGCCUCAGGUACAUCUACUUCCACUCUUUCCCAGGCCCCGAGUUCUUCUACUGCUUCCCCGCCCCUGGAGCUGCUGCUGGUACCACUGCAUCGAGGACUUCGAUCACUCAGGCCAUACUACUACGAAUGGGGAAACUAGCCCAUUUUGCUGAUGUACGUGCCUCCAAGCUAGAGGCUAUGGUCCCUGGGAUGAUUAAUAGAGCUCUCACCACUGCAUUGACAGCUUUUAGAGAUUCUAUUAAUUCCCUCAUGGUGAUGAUAGAUGUGUGUGAGAGAGGUACUCAUGAGGUGACAACCUUAAAGGCCGCGAUUGCAGAGUUGAGGAAGUAUGUGGACCAGCUGAAGUCUACUGAUAUGUCUCUGAUUUUUGGGACUGUGGAGAUCCCUAACGACCAGGACACAUAUAUUCCGGUCAACUCUAAUAUGCCUCUGGCUAACACUGGAGAUGAGGUUAGAGUUGACGAUGCGACUGUAGAGUCUGAGGCUGAGACUAAUGAGUAG